AUGGGGACGUCGGGCAUCCUGCGUAAAGCAUUGUCAUCAAAGCCUAACCUUCCCUGGGCUGUGGUCUCGCCCAUGAUGAAAUCAGAUGACAAGGAGAAUGGGAAUCAAGAGGUGGAGCUGGCCAACGAAGGCCCAGCCAACGUGGUUCGUUCGAUGGAGGAGUGGCACUCAACCAGGCAAGAGAACGCACCACCUCCAGGACGCACCGAGCAGCAGCAGAAGAAGGAGUCUUCGGGCCUAAACUCCGCCGGUUAUCUGGGGAGAGCCAAAUCGGUGCCCAGGUCUCUUUCGGCCCGCGGAUCAGCGGGUAGCGAAGAGGAUUGCGGAACUGAAGGAGCGCCGGAUCCGCAACUACAGAGAGACCUCAUCAUUGAGAGAGGAGGUAGAGAAAGUGAGCAAACACCUAACCAGCUCCCUGAAAGUUUCCAGGCUGUGUUAGCCAAGGCCAAUGCGGAUGGCAUUGCCUCAGGCAUGCAGCACCAAUUCCAGGGAGCCAGGCACCGGUCUACUCGUGUGGCCCCACGAGAGCACAAUGUCCAACCUGAGGCCUUAGCCUCCAGGGACACCAGGGCCUCUUCAGCCUCCACUGCCAGUGAGGGCUCAGAGUCUGAAGGGGAGGAGCAGAAGGAUUUGGGGUUCUCAGAGGAUGAGGAUGCUUCAGUCCCAGAGUCACCUACCAUCACAGGGUUAUUUCUUCCUGCCCUAUUCAGUUCCUUGCUGCGCAAGGCCAAAGCCACUGCAGACCUGGACCCCCCACCGACUGAAAAUCAGAGCUCAGCUACUCCUAGCACUAGUGGGGGGAAGAGGAAGCAGGGCCCCUUCCACAGGCCCCAGGUCCCUCCCAUGGAUGCCACAGUAGCAGCCUUAGCUUCCGCCUCUACCAUGGUAACAGGAGAUAUCUCCAACUGCCUGAAAGCAGAGGACAGGAGAGCGGAGCUGGUCAUGCGAAAGACCUUCCAGGCUAUUUCAUGGGCAAUCAAGGUGGCUGCAGCCGCCUCUUUCUUCAAAAGGUCCACCCUUUUAUGGCUGGAGCAGAUCCGGGACAGGACACCAGCAUCAGACAUGAGGCUGCAGCAGGACAUCAUCAAGCUGAUGGCGGCUACCCAGUUCUCCAUAGCUUGUUCCUAUACUCAUGAGCAGAUUGUGGAAAUGAUGGAGUUUUUAAUAGAAUAUGGACCAGGUCAGCUCUAUUGGGAUCCAGCAGAGGUGUUUCUCAAGCUAUGUUGUGUACAGCUCAUGCUUCAGCUUAUUUCAAUAGCAUGCAAUUGGAAGACUUACUAUGCAAGAAACGACACGGUGCGUUACGCGUUGGAUGUUUUGGCCAUCCUCACUGUGGUUCCAAAAAUUCAGUUACAGUUAGCUGAGGCAGUGGAUACCGUGGAUGAGGGAGGAACAUCUAUUUCUAUUGUGGGUAUCAGCAUCAUUUUGGGGCUUGCCGAGGGUGAAUUCUUUAUUCACGAUGCAGAAAUCCAGAAAUCUGCCCUUCAGAUCAUCAUUAACUGUGUCUGCGGUCCAGACAAUCGCAUCUCCAGCAUUGGCAAAUUUAUCUCUGGCACACCUCGUCGUGCACUCCCCCAAACACCCAGGAAUAGUGAGCAUACUUUGGCCAAGAUGUGGAACGUGGUGCAGUCAAACAAUGGCAUCAAAGUGCUGUUAUCCUUGCUCUCUGUCAAAAUGCCCAUUACAGAUGCAGACCAGAUCCGAGCAUUGGCCUGCAAAGCUCUGGUUGGGUUGUCGCGAAGUAGUACAGUCCGGCAGAUCAUCAGCAAGCUGCCCCUGUUCAGCAGCUGUCAGAUCCAGCAGCUAAUGAAGGAGCCUGUGCUGCAGGAUAAGCGCAGCGAGCAUGUCAAGUUUUGCAAAUACGCUGCGGAGCUGAUAGAGCGUGUCUCAGGAAAACCCUUGUUGAUUGGGACCGAUGUCUCUCUGGCCCGACUACAGAAGGCAGAUGUGGUGGCCCAGUCGAGGAUUUCAUUUCCUGAGAAGGAGCUGCUCCUUUUGAUCAGGAACCAUCUCAUCUCUAAAGGGCUAGGAGAAACUGCUACCAUUCUUACAAAGGAGGCAGAUCUACCCAUGACAGCAGCUUCUCAUUCCUCUGCCUUCACCCCAGUUCCUGCCACUUCAUCUCCUGUGUCUCUGCCUCGUACCCCUCGCAUAGCAAAUGGCAUUGCGGCCCGGUUGACUAACCAUCCUUCUGUUGCUUCUGGUGCUUCCUCUGUUCACCCUCAGCCAAGACCAGCUGGCUGCCAGGGCCCACUUGCACUGCCAGGCCCAUCUCAUGCCACCAACGCCCCAGUGAUUGGCAGAAUUAGCUUUAUCCGUGAGAGACCAUCUCCCUGCAAUGGCAGAAAAAUCAGAGUGCUUCGGCAAAAAUCAGACCACGGCGCCUACAGUCAGAGCCCAGCUAUCAAAAAACAGCUGGACAGACACCUUCCUUCCCCUCCCACCUUGGACAGUAUAAUCACAGAGUACCUUAGGGAGCAGCAUGCGCGCUGCAAAAACCCUGUAGCUACUUGUCCCCCCUUUUCUCUUUUUACACCCCACCAGUGUCCUGAGCCAAAACAGAGGCGCCAAGCGCCAACUAACUUUACCUCGCGGCUGACCCGCAGGGCAGCCUUCCCAAAGUAUGGCGGGGUAGAUGGUGGAUGCUUUGAUAGACACCUUAUAUUUAGCAGGUUCCGCCCAAUUUCUGUGUUCCGGGAAGCAAAUGAAGAUGAAAGUGGCUUUACGUGUUGUGCAUUUUCUGCACGGGAGCGAUUCCUGAUGUUGGGCACCUGCACAGGGCACCUAAAACUCUACAAUGUCUUUAGCGGGCAGGAGGAGGCCAGCUACAAGUGCCAUAACUCUGCUAUCACGCAUCUUGAACCAUCCAGGGAUGGUUCUUUAUUGCUGACAUCUGCUUCCUGGAGCCAGCCACUUUCUGCAUUGUGGGGAAUGAAAUCUGUCUUUGAAACCAAGCAUUCCUUCACGGAUGACCAUUAUGUUGAGUUCAGUAAGCAUUCUCAAGAUAGGGUCAUUGGCACCAAGGGGGACAUUGCCCAUAUCUAUGAUAUUCAGACUGGCAACAAGCUCUUGACUUUGUUUAACCCAGAUCUUGCAAACAACUACAAGAAGAAUUCUGCCACCUUUAACCCCACAGAUGACCUUGUCUUAAACGAUGGUGUCCUCUGGGAUGUUCGCUCUGCACAGGCUAUUCAUAAAUUUGAUAAAUUCAAUAUGACCAUCAGUGGCGUUUUCCACCCGAAUGGAUUGGAGGUCAUAGUGAACACAGAAAUUUGGGACUUGCGGACUUUCCACUUGUUACACACAGUGCCUGCUUUGGAUCAAUGCCGUGUUGUUUUCAACCAUACUGGGACAGUUAUGUAUGGAGCUAUGCUACAAGCCGAUGAUGAAGAUGAUUUGCUGGAAGAGAGAAUGCGAAGUCCUUUUGGAUCAUCCUUCAGGACAUUCAAUGCAACAGAUUACAAACCAAUUGCCACCAUUGAUGUGAAAAGAAACAUCUUUGAUCUAUGUACGGACACAAAGGAUUGUUAUUUAGCUGUUAUUGAGAACCAGGGAAGUAUGGAUGCCAUGAACAUGGAUACUGUUUGCAGGCUAUAUGAAGUAGGCAGACAGCGUUUGGCAGAAGACGAGGAGGAUGAGGACGAUGAUCAGGAAGAGGAGGAACAGGAAGAGGAUGAUGAUGAAGAUGAAGAUGAUACUGAUGACCUAGAUGAGCUGGACACUGAUCAGUUGCUGGAGGCUGAUUUGGAGGAAGAAGAGAACAAUGAGAAUGCAGGUGAGGAUGGAGAAAAUGACUUCUCCCCUUCUGAUGAUGAGGAAGUGGCCAACCUGCUGGAAGAGGGAGACGAAGGAGAAGAUGACGACUCUGAUGCAGAUGAGGAAGUUGAGCUGAUCCUUGGUGAUACCGACAGCUCAGAUAACUUGGAUCUGGAAGAUGACAUAAUUUUGUCUCUGAAUGAAUGAGGCGCAGUCUUCCUCCGGGACUUUGGCAGCAGAGGAGCUCCCGACUCGGAAGCCAGGAGAGCCAAUCAAGAGGUGAACACCGAGCACCCUGUCAGCUUCUUCUACUUGGCAGAAAUCCAGUCCUUCCAGUUUUCAAGUGGACAGACAUGGGCUCAGGAUAGGCCCAGAGUCUUUCUACAGAGACCAGGGGUUUGGCCUUUAUUUUCUCUGCCUUUUUUUUUUUUUUAGUCAUUUUUUUUUAGGCCAAGACACAACUUCUCCAGGAAGACUUCUGAAGAUAUUUCACAGUAUAUUUUCUUUGUAUAAAGUUCUUUCCUAAAGAACAGAAAUAGUUUUAUAUGAGACAAACAAGCAAAAAAAAAAAAAGGAUAAAAAAAACCAGGCAGGUAUUAUAAAGAAGGUGUGACUUUGUAACCUUCUAAAAUUUAAUUACCCAACUGGAUUUCUGGGA